AUGUAUGUUAUUAUUAUUUGCUGGUUGGUUUCUAUUGGAGUUCUUUUCAAGGACAUUGAUCGGGUUACGCAGAUUGGUAUGCUUAUGACUGUUUAUGAUAUGGUGGGUUUUCCUCUAGCUCUCUAGCACUCUCUCAAGUUGCUAUACUGUCUUUAGCCUUCUCUAGUUGUCUAUCACCCUCUCAUAUUUCUGUGAUCUCUGGCUUUCCUCUCCGUAUCUACCAUCUUCCUGAGUUUCCUAACCUAUCUCUGGUUGUCUAGUUGCAAUGAUAUUCCUCUCUACGUCUCUAGCACCCUUACAUUGUCUAGCUGUCUAGCACUCUCCCAAACUCUAUGCUCUCUGCCACGUGGGAAAAAAGUUUACAGCAAAAAACUUUUUUUGCAGAUGAGCUUCAUUAUGUGCUACACCCUUUUGCUCUGCGAUAAAAAUGUGCAGGAUGUGAUGUCGAAAAAAUUGUCGAUAUUCUACAAGACUCCGAGUAGCGUUGCUGUGGCACACGUGUCAUAA